UCGCGCAUCGCGCCGAUCGCGGCAUUCUUCAUGGCGGCGUUACUGAUUUCGGUUCGUGUCACUGGCGACCGAGAAAAUAUCGACGCGUAACGCGUUAAUAAGAUUGAUUAAAUCGCGAUCGAAGCUCAAGAUGGAAUUAAUCCGAAGCGUAUGGAGAAAGUCUUCUUUCGUGUACAAAAGCGGCGCGCAGUGUUUAACUUUGAGACACAGCGGCACUACAACGUCAAACGUAGCCGAGGUAGCGGUGUUUUCACGGGACGGAGACUCUGGAUUGACAAUCACGGAUGCCGGGGACACGAAGCCAAAGGACGAUAGGAUCUUCAACGCUCUCGGGGCGACCGACGAGCUGUCCUCUUACAUAGGAUUGGCGAGAGAAUUCGCCUGCGAUGGAAAGGUCGAACAUCCGUACGUCGAUAAGCUUAAGAGAGUGCAAAUGAUCUUGUUCGAUCUAAGCCACGCCAUAUCCAAGUCGGUGCCUGGGAAGACCAGAUCUUUCGAGAGCAAGCAUACCAAAGACCUCGAAGAGUGGAUUCUCGAAUAUGCGAAUCAACUUCCUCCUCCGGAAGAUUAUAUCAUUCCAGGCGGUGGAAAAGCAUGCGCUUCCUUACACGUUGCACGAACGGUAUGUAGGCGGGCGGAGAGAAGUAUUACGACUCUAGUGCGAGACGGCGCUCUGGAUAAAGAGGCGCAAACAUAUUUGAAUAGAUUAUCAGACUUCCUGUUAACAGUGUCACGCAUCGCGGCCAAAUGUGAUCAACGUACGGAAAAUAUUUAUAUUCCACGAGCAGAAGUGAUGGAGGAGAAAUAAAAGGACUGAGAUUUAGAAAUUUUUCUAGAAUCUACAAUGAUUUUUUUUUUGCACCAAAAAUGUAUAAAUAGUUUAUAGCUAUAUAUGGCGAUUAAAGUAUGCCAUUUAGAGAAUGACUAAACAUCCUGAUGGAAUUAAUUGCUUCCUGUUUGUUUUCAAAUCUUUACGUAAAGUUUGUUGUUUAUCAGACGAUGUAUAUUUUGCAGCGACUGGAUAUCUAUUGCGGUACAUAUAUCUUAAAUUGACAGUUUCAAACGAUAGAAUUAUAAAUAGAAAGUGCACUGCGUGUAAUUGUUAUAGUUACAAUCUUAAAAAA